AUGGCACUAGCUCGACCGCGCGGUCCAAUUGUCUCCUCUGGCCCUGCCCUAUUACCCUCGAACAAAACCCGUCUCCCUGGCCGGACGAUUCUCCUGGAAAAGCUCGAACCAAAACAUGCCAGCGAUCUCUUCAACCUGACUGGAGGCAGUGACCUUGCACGAACUUCUCUAUGGGACUACAUGGGUGAUGGGCCAUAUUCUCAGGUCGAGUCUUUCGAGAAGAGUAUCGCCUCGAAAUCGGCCUCCCUGGAUCCGUUCUUCUUCGCGAUAAUCGACAAACGCAGUUCCAUGCACAGCUCUGGCAAAGCAAUUGGAUAUCUGUCCCUUAUGCGAAUAACCCCUGAUCACUUGACUGUUGAAAUUGGGAACGUGAUGUUUUCAUCGGCCCUGCAACGCACAACUGGUGCCACGGAGGCGAUUUAUCUCUUGGCACGUCACGCAUUUGAAGAUCUGAACUACAGGCGAGUCGAGUGGAAGUGCGACUCACUCAAUGAGCCGUCACGGAAGGCGGCACUACGUCUGGGAUUCGUGCACGAGGGCAUCUUCAGACAACACAUGGUCGUCAAGGGACUAAGCAGAGACACGGCUUGGUUUUCGAUGUUGCGGGAUGAAUGGCUUGGGAAUGUGAAAGGAGCUAUGGAGAAGUGGUUGGAUGAGGAUAACUUUCACGAUGAUGGCACCCAAAAGAAACCCCUUCAGGAUCUGAUCAUGAAAGCUGAACAGUGA